AGGGUCAGGCUUAGGGUGACAGCUGCACCUCCCUCAGGGUCUUGUGAUAUCAUGAGAAUGCCCUGUGCCUUGCUGUCAGCUGGACGUAUUAGUGCUGUGUGUCACUGUAUUCUGGACUUCUCUCUCUCUGUACUCUGCUGCUCACAGUGUGUGUGUGUGUGUGUUUGUGUGUGUGGGAGUGAUGGUAGCUCAGUCGACAGUCUCUCUCUCUCUCUCUCUCUCUCUCUCUCUCUCUCUCUCUCUCUCGCUCUCGCGUGCUGGCUGGCUGGCUGGCUGGCUGAAGAGGCAGUCACCAUGGCCAAGUUCUCCCUUUGGACACUCCUGUCAGACUGUUAGAAAGAGCAGUCAGCCAGACCACAAGGACACUCCUCUGAACCGAGCGACUAACUGACAAGCCUUCCCCAGGAUCAGAGAUCUUAGCCCGGAGAUACUCAGAGAAGCUCUCUCAAACCCUGGUGCAUGGGGAGGAUUUAUGUAACGGCUAUUUUCAACCAAUGCUAACCUAUACGUGACCUGUGACCCUGUCAGUUGAGUGGUCAGUGAGCCAGGAUAGGGGGGGACAGUAACCCUGUUGGGUUUCUGGUCUGACCCAUGGGACUUGAGGAACCUUCUAGAAAGCUGCGGACUCUGCUCACUGUGCUUGUGUUUUGGUGUUUGUGUGUGUGACUGUUGUUGUAUGUGCCAGUGUGUGUUUGUAAGACAGGGAAGUGAGUGGUUUGAUGUUGUUAUAACUGGGUCAGGUAGAGACAUGGUGUGUGUGACUCAUCAGUGUUCAGCUGUAAAGCCCUGCUUUGCCAGUAUUAGAUGAGAACAGAACACUGAGGACACUGUAGCCUAGAUACCUGGCAUACCUGUCUAUGUACUGCCCAGUCUGACACUAGCCUAGAUACCUGGCAUAUCUGUCUAUGUACUGACCAGUCUGACACUAGCCUAGAUACCUGGCAUAUCUGUCUAUGUACUGACCAGUCUGACACUAGCCUAGAUACCUGGCAUACCUGUCUAUGUACUGACCAGUCUGACACUAGCCUAGAUACCUGGCAUACCUGUCUAUGUACUGACCAGUCUGACACUAGCCUAGAUACCUGGCAUACCUGUCUAUGUACUGACCAGUCUGACACUAGCCUAGAUACCUGGCAUACCUGUCUACGUACUGACCAGUCUGACACUAGCCUAGAUACCUGGCAUACCUGUCUAUGUACUGACCAGUCUGACACUAGCCUAGAUACCUGGCAUAUCUGUCUAUGUACUGACCAGUCUGACACUAGCCUAGAUACCUGGCAUACCUGUCUAUGUACUGACCAGUCUGACACUAGCCUAGAUACCUGGCAUACCUGUCUAUGUACUGACCAGUCUGACACUAGCCUAGAUACCUGGCAUACCUGUCUAUGUACUGACCAGUCUGACACUAGCCUAGAUACCUGGCAUACCUGUCUAUGUACUGACCAGUCUGACACUAGCCUAGAUACCUGGCAUACCUGUCUACGUACUGACCAGUCUGACACUAGCCUAGAUACCUGGCAUACAUGUCUAUGUACUGACCAGUCUGACACUAGCCUAGAGAGCAACUUUAUUUUGGAUUUUGUUACUCACACACACUGUUCUUCUCAUUGUGUGUUAUGAAUGAGUAGUCCGUAAGGGCUGUGUCUGUUUUGCAGUGUUGUUGUUGUGAGAGGAAGUGAGCUGUCAGCUCAUUGGCCAGCAUGGCUUUGAUGGAAAGGUGGCAGAGUUCACUGGAGCAGCACUGACUCCCCGAGCCGGCCCCUUGCUUUACCAUUGCCGUUGGAAACAUGAUGAAGAGGAGGAAGGAGAGGCCAGGAGCUCCUGCCCUGCAUAUCCACUGUCGGACCAGUAACAGGAAGAGCCUGAUUGUGACGUCCAGUACCUCUCCUACACUACCCAGACCACACUCACCACUACAUGGACACCCAGGGAGCAGCCCCCUGGACAGCCCCAGAAACUUCUCACCCAGCACGGCAGCACACUUCUCCUUCGUUCCAGCUCGCAGUCACGGGCACAGGGCUGACAGGACGGAUGGCAGACGCUGGUCUCUUGCCUCACUUCCCUCCUCUGGAUAUGGCACUAACACACCCAGCUCCACCGUCUCAUCAUCCUGUUCAUCCCAGGAGAAGCUGCACCAGCUGCCCUUCCAGCCCACGGCGGACGAGCUGCACUUCCUCACCAAGCACUUCAGCUCCGAGAGCAUCACAGACGAGGAUGAACGACACUCGCCCAUGCGUCCCCGCUCACGCAGCCUCAGCCCUGGUCGCUCACCCAUCUCUUUUGACCAUGAGGUCGUCAUGAUGAACCAUGUGUACAAGGAGCGCUUUCCCAAGGCCACGGCUCAAAUGGAGGACCGUCUAGCUGACUUCCUGUCGUCCUCGGCCCCUGACAAGGUGAUGCCCCUGGCCGACGGGGUCCUCAGCUUCAUCCACCACCAGGUCAUAGAGCUGUCCAGAGACUGCCUGGUUAAAAGCCGAGAGGGAUGCAUCACGUCACGCUACUUUUACGAACUGCAGGAGAACCUGGAGAAACUACUGCAAGAUGCUCACGAGCGCUCGGAGAGUGUGGAGGUUACCUUCGUCACCCAGCUGGUUAGGAAGCUGAUGAUGGUCAUCGCUCGUCCUGCACGCCUGUUAGAAUGUCUGGAGUUUGACCCAGAGGAGUUCUAUCAUCUUUUGGAGGCAGCAGAGGGCCAUGCCAAGGAGGGCCAGGGCAUCAAGUCAGACAUCCCCCGCUACAUCAUCAGCCAGCUGGGUCUCACCAGAGAUCCUCUGGAGGAGAUGGCCCAGCUGAGCAGCUACGACAGUGGGAACCCAGACACACCAGAGACAGACGACGCUGUGGAUAGUCGAGGGGCCACCGUGCCUGUUGUAGCUCCCCCUAAAACCAAAGCCCCACGGGAGGAGGACUUUGAGAACAUCAAGCUCAUCAGCAACGGGGCCUAUGGUGCUGUAUUUCUGGUGCGCCACAAGGAGACCCGUCAGCGUUUUGCCAUGAAGAAGAUCAACAAGCAGAACCUCAUCCUGAGGAACCAGAUCCAGCAGGCCUUCGUAGAGAGAGACAUCCUGACCUUCGCUGAGAACCCCUUCGUGGUCUCAAUGUUCUGCUCCUUCGAGACACGCAGACACCUCUGUAUGGUCAUGGAGUAUGUGGAGGGUGGUGACUGUGCCACCCUGCUGAAGAACAUCGGGGCGCUGCCCGUGGACAUGGCACGCAUGUACUUUGCUGAGACUGUACUGGCACUGGAGUACCUCCACAACUAUGGCAUCGUACACAGGGACCUGAAACCUGACAAUCUUCUGAUCACGUCGAUGGGCCACAUCAAGCUGACAGACUUUGGGCUGUCGAAGAUCGGUCUGAUGAGCCUCACCACCAAUCUGUAUGAAGGACACAUAGAGAAAGAUACCAGGGAGUUCCUGGAUAAACAGGUGUGUGGUACACCAGAGUACAUCGCCCCAGAGGUGAUCCUCAGACAGGGCUAUGGGAAGCCAGUAGACUGGUGGGCCAUGGGGGUCAUCCUCUACGAAUUCCUGGUGGGCUGUGCCCCUUUCUUUGGAGACACACCUGAGGAGCUCUUUGGACAGGUCAUCAGUGAUGAGAUCAUAUGGCCAGAGGAGGAGGAGGCUCUUCCUAACGAUGCCCAGGACCUCAUCUCUAAACUCCUCAGACAGAACCCUCUGGAGCGGCUGGGCACAGGCAGUGCAUUUGAGGUGAAGCAGCAUCGGUUCUUCUAUAAUCUGGACUGGAACACUCUGCUGAGACAGAAGGCAGAGUUCAUCCCUCAGCUAGAGUCAGAGGACGACACCAGCUACUUUGACACCCGUUCAGACAGGUACCACCACUUGGACUCUGAAGAUGAAGACGACACCAACGAUGACGAACACGUAGAGAUACGUCAGUUCUCCUCCUGCUCGCCCCGCUUCAGCAAGGUGUACAGCAGUAUGGAGCGUCUAUCCCUCCAUGAGGAGAAGAAGACCCCCCCGCCCACCAAGCGUAGCCUCAGUGAGGAGGGAGGAGAACGCAUUGACAGCCUCAGUAGUCUCAAGUCCAGAGACCGCAACUGGCUGGUGGGGUCACCUGAGAUUCUGCGUAAGCGUCUGUCUGUCUCAGAGUCGUCCCACACGGAGAGCGACUCCAGCCCUCCCCUGACGGUGCGAAGGCGCUGCUGCUCCGCCAUCAUCGAGAUGCCGCGCUUCGCCAUCUCCUCAGAGGAGGAAGCAGGGGUGGCCCCCAGCUAUAGGAGCCCCAGCCUGCUCAGCCAGACACCCGGUGGAGUCAGGGGCCCCCGCAGCGAGGACUUGCCCCUCUCCAUCCCUGAGCUUCCCGUGGAGAGAGAGCUGAAACUGGACGAGUCCCCCACAACACCAGACUCUACAGCCAGCCAGCUCAGCAAAGCCACACUCACACCGGGCAGUUCAGGAGAUGUGUGGGAGCGUGGUUCAGGGGCAGACAGCUCUCCCUCUACCCCUAAGGCCAUCAGUGACCUGGCAGCUAGGAGGGCCCGUCACAGACUGUUGUCUGGAGACACAGACAGACACGCCCAGUCCAGACCACUCAACAAGGUCAUCAAGUCAGCCUCCGCUACCACUCUCUCACUCAUGAUUCCUGCUGACCACCACGGGGCCUCCCCAUUGGCCAGCCCCAUGUCACCCCACUCCUUCUCGUCCAAUCCCUCGUCCAGAGACUCCUCCCCCAGUAGAGACCUGUCCCCAGCUGUGGCCAACAUCAAACCCGCCAUCAUCAUCCACAAGGCGGGCAAGAAGUACGGCUUCACCCUGCGAGCCAUCAGGGUGUACAUGGGAGACACAGACAUCUACACAGUACAUCACAUGGUCUGGCAUGUAGAGGAGGGUGGUCCAGCCCAUGAUGCAGGGCUGAGAGAAGGAGACCUCAUCACUCAUGUGAAUGGAGAGGCUGUCCACGGCCUAGUGCACACUGAGGUGGUGGAACUCAUUCUCAAGAGCGGCGGUAAGGUGUCCAUCUCUGCCACGUCCUUUGAGAACACCUCCAUCAAGCUGGGCCCCGCCCGCAAGACCGGCUCCAAAUCUAAGAUGGCACGUCGUAACAAGAAGACCAAGACCAAAGAUAGCAGCCAGGAAAGCAGUAGUAAGAAGAGGAACUCUCUGUUCAGGAAGAUCACUAAGCAGGCGUCUCUUCUCCACACCAGCCGUAGCCUUUCCUCUCUGACCCGCUCUCUGUCCUCUGGAGAGAGUGGACCUGGGUCUCCCACUCACAACCUGUCCCCUAGAUCACCUACACAGGGUUACCGGUCCACACCUGACUCUACACACUCUGUAGGGGGUAACUCGUCUCAGAGCAGCUCUCCCAGCUCCAGUGUUCCUAACUCCCCAGCCAGCUCCGGUCACAUCAGGCCCAGCUCCCUCCACGGCCUGGCCCCCAAGCUCCAGCGCCAGUAUCGCUCCCCUCGCCGCAAGUCAGCCGGCAACAUCCCUCUAUCCCCCCUGGCCCGUACCCCUUCCCCAACCCCACAGAGCACCUCCCCCCAGCGCUCUCCGUCCCCCCUGUCCAGCCACGGACUAGGCUCCACCUCAAUGGGUCAGAUCUUUCCCGUCAAGCUCCACUCUUCCCCCCCUCUGGUCAGGCAGAUCUCCAGGCCCAAGAGCGCUGAACACCCCCGCUCCCCACUGCUCAAGCGAGUCCAGUCUGCUGAGAAGCUAGCCUCCUCCCUCUCCUCCUCAUCGUCCUCCCCCUCUCCAUCAGGUGCCGGAGGCGACAAGAAGCUGCCUGUAACAGUGACAGGGCGUAAACACAGCCUGGACAUCUCCCACUCUGAGUUUAAGAAGGAGAUGCUUCAGAGAGACCCCAGUCUGCAGAGUCUCCAGGAAUCAGCUGGGGAGAGAGAGAGCCUACUGCUGGGGUUGGGGCCUGGGAUAGGGGGCCGUGGUGGUCCCGUGGAGAAGGGCAGCCUGCAAAAACCCUCCUCCAGCAGGAAGCUAGGACGUCAGGAGGGGGACGGAGUGUUGACUGCCGGGUCCCUGGGGCUGGCUCCCGGGAAGAGCAAACUGAAGGACAAGCUGUCAGCCAUCAGACAGGACCGGGCUGAGAGGAGGGAGUCACUACAGAAGCAGGAUGCUAUCCACGAGGUGGACUCAUCAGAGGACGAGACAGACGAGGGUUCAGAGGACAGUCAGGACGGGAGGGGCAGGAACACCUGUACCUUUACCCCCCCACUGCUCCGCCCCACCUCCGUCAUGCCCAUCGUCCCCCGUACAGGACCUGGGGGCACCCUCCCCUCCCUCUGUCUGUCCCCCUCCUCCACCCUGCUGCCAAGCAGAGCCACCAUACCCUCCACACUCCACGAACACAAGCCCACUCAGAGUGGUCCUUCGCUGGGAGGGAAAGACAGCGGCUCAGCCUCCUCGGAUGACUGUAGGCGGAAAGAUGGAAAGGCUCCAGACCACAGCAGCAAGUUCACCCAGAGCCCCCUGUCCAGCACCUUCGCCACCCUCGGCAGUGCUUUCAUCUCCGUCAGCAAGGACACCUUCCUGAAGCCUGCUGCUUCAUCUCCACAUCAGGACUGGAGGAGCACCAAGUUGCUUGAGUCCAGGGGGAAGAGCAGUAGUUUAUGGAGCGAGGAGAGAGACUCUGGCCUGGAGGCCCCCAGAUCCAGCCCCACUGGGUCCAUAGACGGCAGAGACCUAGUCCCCACACCCAUCUCCUCCCCAGGCAUCACCAAGGAGAAGAAGGAGGCUGACAACCGGAGACAUGCCGCUGCUGCUGCCGCGGCGGCAGCCUACGCCACCCCCAGCCCCCCAGCCUCUCCAGCCUCAGUGUCAAGGUCAGAUAGUGGGGUGGACAAGAUGGUGUCACAUCUAGCCAAUGUAGCUCAUAGCGUCCUGGGGCCCGUCAAACUAACCAUCCCCGGCGCCAAGGAGGCCUUUGAGAGAGCCAAGGACCAGAAUCAGAGACACUCCGACCCCCCUCACCCCAAGGCCACACCUGACUCCCCCCUCUCCGCCACCACCACUCCCCUCUCCCCCUCCACCUUCAGACACCCUGCCCCUCAGCCACCACCCCGCCUGUCCUCCCAGUCUCCUCCCAGGCAGCCCUCCUCCAAAACUGAGCCAGCCCCCCCUCCCCUUCCACAGAGGAGGCUCUCCCCUCCUAAAGACUGUACCCUGGCCCAGGGCACCCAGGACACCAUGGAGAGGCCGGUGGUGGAGACUGCACCAAGGAAGGUGCCCACCACCACACCCAACCAGACACCUACUGCAGCCUCAGAGCAGCGCAAUAGGCCAGACCCCCGGGCCUCACAGAGACCCAGUCCAGCCUCUGCAGUCUCCACCCCGCAGGACAAAAUCAGCAGCAAGAAGACGUAGCAGAUAAGACACCCAAGAGAAUAGAGACUGCUUGAUGAAGAUCUGAAUCUUUAUCCACAGACAACUGCAUGUUUGGAAGAAAACAACAUUCUAAACUUUUUGCAACUCCCUAAUCAUUAUCUGAGAGCAUAGCCAUCUGAUGGA